CUCCGCAGUCUCAUUUCCAAUUAUACCCUCGUCUCUUUCCCGAAACCACUCUCUUACCCUGACCCACAAUCCCUUAUUCAAACCCUCAUAGCUUCCUCUUCUUCCCCUUUAGAUUCUAAGCUCAACACGCUCGACCAACUCAGUAAGCUCUCCAAGCGUGACUCUGCGAUUCGUCGAAAACUCAUUGAGUCAGGCGCCGUUUCUGCUGUUCUUAACUGUGUCAACUCGGAUGAUGACUCGGCCGGUGGGUUACAAGAAAAGGCGCUUCAUUUACUGUUGAAUUUGAGCCUGGAUGAUGAUAACAAAGUGGGGUUGGUGGCUGAAGGGGUGGUGGGGAAAGUAGUGGCAGCGUUACGGGGCGGCGCUGGCGACUCCAGGGCGGUGGCCGCCACGGUUCUGACGAGUUUAGCGGUGGUGGAAGUGAGUAAAGCGACAAUUGGGGCGUACCCAGAUGCGAUUCUUGGAUUAAUUUCACUUCUUUGGGGUGGUAAUGUUAGAGAGAGAAAAGAAGCUGCUACGGCUCUGUAUACGUUAUGUUCCUUUCCAGAUAAUCGGGUUCGGGUUGUGGAGAACCGGGCCGUUCCAAUACUGAUUCAGAAUGCUAAUUCGGGACUUGAGAGAGCUGUUGAGGUAUUGGGCUUAUUAGCAAGGUGUAAAGAGGGUCGUCAAGAGAUGAUGAAAUUUGGUGGGUUAAUUGACGUGUUGAUUAAAAUCUUGAAAAAUGGAUCUUCAAGAGCUGUGCAGUACGCUUUGUUGACUGUAAAUUUGUUGUGUAGUUACAGUGAAAGAAUGUGUGUGGUGGCUGUAAGAGAAGGGGUUUUUGAGAUUUGUGUUGGGUUAUUGGAAGAUGAUAAUGAGAAGGUCAGAAGGCAUGCUAAUAGCUUGAUUAAGGUCUUGCAAGGCAAAAGAUUAAGUCUUUGAUUAAAAGAUGUGAAUUUUGAAAGUGUUGAUUUUGAUGAAUUAUGGAACUAAGCUUUGGAGGGGAGGGUAAAGGUGAGUUUUGGGUUGUCUCAGAAUUAAUUUUUGUUGUCGAAUAGUGUUUCUUUGUACAAAAAGAUUAGAAUUUUAGGGCCAAAAAAUGUGUAUCUCUCUCUUUUCUCUCUUGGAUUUUAUAUUUUCAAAAUAAAGAAGGAAAAUAAAAUCAAUGGGUCUCUCAUUGUCUUGCUCUCUGUC